GAUCUCCAGCGCAUACUGGCCAGUAUAGAAAUAGAACUUGCAAGCGCAGCAGCCAGUCAUUAGUAGCGAUAAAACGUGUAAUUGCAAAACAUGCUCCAAAGCGACAGCGACUAAGUUGAAGUGAAAACGUUCGGUUGAUAAGAGUAAAAGUGAGCUUAGCCAGUAGUUAAAACAAAAAGAAAAGAACAGCAAAUUUAAAAAGGAGUAAAAUUUUGCAAAGCAAAAUGCUGAAAAUUACUAGACUCGGCGGCAGCCUACUCUUGGCGGUAUUACUACUAUGCACAACCAUUCGGCGUGUGGCUGUUAACGCCGACACAAAAGUGCUCUACACAUUCAGUUUAUUUCAACCAGGUUACGGCAGCCGCGAUGAGGUCAUCACACUGGAAAAUGCAGGCACGGCGAAUGAAGAAUUGGUUGUCAGAGGCAAUUGGACAACUGAAUUUGGUCCACCCAACAAAGUUGGCCUCGUUUUUAGGGAGAUGACCGAAUAUAUUGCCGAUAAUAAGGGCUAUCGCGUGCGUUAUCGCAUCAUAGCAGUGCCCUUGGCGCAGGCUAGAUUGAGUCCAGGCGCACUAAUGUCAGCGGCCGGUUGAGAAUGCCACCAUGGAGAGACGAAGAGUAAAUAGACACCUACGUCGAAUUUUAAAUGAAAGUAUUUGUUUUUUUUUUUUGCUUGGACUUAAGUGUGUUGAAUUUAAUAUGAAAAAAAAGAUCGAAAGAGCGAAAAUAAAACUUUAAAUAUCUAAGCUUUGAGUUAAUUGUGUUGAUGCAUUGUGUUGAUUAUCCAGUUGGUUGAGUAAACGCACAUGCACAAAUAUUUGCACUGGACUGGUUUGAAAUCAAAGCAAGCGUCUCAGAGUUUUAGUAACUUAGCGAAACGAUAUUUUGGAAUGUACAUACUAAGAAAUUGUGAGAACCAUACAGACAAGUAAGAAAAUAUGCAUACAUUUACAUAUGUAUGUAUAUGGUGUUGGCUGGACUAAACGUUGCCUGUAAAAUCGCCUCAUGGAAAGACCCUAUUAGAGAGAGGCAAGUUUUUAUUAUUUAGUAGAAUGAUACAAGAAAUA